GGCUACAGCAAUGGCAAUUCCUCGUCCCCCAAAUCCGCAGAAGGGCCCAGCGCCACCAGCGGCGGCUCCCGCAGCAAAGACGCCGUCGAGUCCGGGUCGAGUCCGACAGCCGGCGUUCUCCCGGACACGCUCGCCGACGGUGACGCGCGCGGCCGGACCGGCAGCGGCAAACCGCUCGAAAGCUCGUGCGCCGCGCCGCCGCAGCCCAAGAUCAGCAACGCCAGCGUGCCGGGCCAGCAGCCCCAGCUGACACCCGAGCAGCAGGCCGAGGCGGACGAGCACAAUCGGGAGUUUAAGAGCAAGCACAGCAAGGCGGACCCGGAGGUAGAUGACAAGGUCGACAAGAGCUUCUGGAGCGGCAAGGGCUCAAGG